AUGUGAUUGCAUCUGCUCUAUGGUAACUUCCGGAUGCGCGAGUUGUUAAUCGGCGCAUGCGCGCUAUGUUCUUCCCUUUCCGCUCGGGUCCUGGAGAAAGAUGGCCAAGCGCACAAAGAAGGUUGGCAUUGUGGGUAAAUAUGGGACCCGUUAUGGUGCUUCCCUAAGGAAGAUGGUCAAGAAAAUUGAGAUCAGCCAACAUGCAAAGUAUACAUGUUCCUUCUGCGGCAAGACCAAGAUGAAGAGAAGGGCUGUUGGCAUCUGGCACUGUGGUUCUUGCAUGAAAAUUGUAGCAGGAGGAGCCUGGACCUACAACACCACCUCUGCUGUCACAGUGAAAUCUGCCAUCAGAAGACUGAAGGAACUGAAAGACCAGUAGAUCCAUUCUCUCCGAAAUCUGCUCUGUUUUCUCUGGAUUGUUCUUUAAUAAAGGAUGUCUUGUAAAAUGGAA